CUACAAACGAAGUCAACACCAUCUCAUAGCACUACUUCUUCGUCAAAAUCGCAGAAGCAAAGUAAACUGAAAGUUGGCGGCGAUGUCUGCUAUGGAGAUUUCCGCUAUCCUCCCGGAUGCUCCGAUUGCGACUACAAGCUCUCAUGGAACUACAUCGAUGAGACGGAUGAGAUCGAGUUCUCGUUAGAAACCAAACUUAUGACCGACUCUUGGACUGGACUCGGACUCAGCAAGGAUGGAUCCAUGGUGAGUGGUUUUCAUAGACAUCACGCUAAUGAGGUCUCGUGA